UUCUUUUGUGCAGGGUAUGGUAGCUGGAGGGAACUGGCUAAGGCUGUGGACCCAAACUUGCAGCUUUAUUAUCCUAAGAAGCCAGGACGCCAGAACCAAGAGCAGCAACAAGGUGGGAGGAAUAGGUCAGAUUUUCCUGCAGUGGACAUCUCUUCUCCUUGGAUGCCAGAGUUCCAGGGCCAGGCCAAUCUCCAUGUGUUUGAGGACUGGUGCGGCAGCUCCAUUGAGCAGCUCAGAAGGAACCUCCACUUCCCACUCUACCCCCAUACACGAACCACCCUGAAGAAGCUGGCAGUGUCACCCAAAUGGACCAACUACGGGCUCCGCAUAUUUGGCUAUCUGCAUCCUUUCACUGACGGGGACUUUCAAUUUGCCAUUGCUGCUGAUGACAAUGCUGAGUUCUGGUUGAGUUCAGAUGAAAAGAUCUCUGGCCUCCAGCUUCUGGCUAGCGUAGGCAAGUCUGGGAAGGAGUGGACAGCACCAGGAGAAUUUGGGAAGUUCCAAAGCCAGCAAUCAAGGCCAGUGAGAUUAGCAGCGUCUGGCAGGUACUACUUUGAGGUGCUGCAUAAACAGGAUGACAAAGGAACAGAUCAUGUGGAGGUGGCGUGGCGACUGAAUGACCCAGAAGCCAAGUUGACCAUCAUAGACUCCCAAUACCUCUCGCUUUUUGCUAAUGAGACUCUCUUAAAGAUGGAUGAAGUUGAACAUAUACCACAGACAUUGGCCAGCCAUACAAAUCAGUCUACUGCCAGUCUGAGCAAGAAGACACACCCAGCUGACAUGCUGAAGCCUGACCCUCGGGACACUAUUUAUAAAGUGCCUCUGAUUAGUAAGUCACACCUGCGUAAGACCUUGCCGGACUGCCCUUACAAACCCAGCUACCUGGUGAAUGGAUUCCCAUUAUCACGCUAUCAAGGACUCCAGUUCGUUCACUUGUCCUUUGUUUACCCAAAUGAUUACAGCCGCCUGAGCCAUAUGGAGAUGGACAAUAAAUGCUUCUAUCAGGAAAAUCCAUAUUACUUGGAAAGAUUUGGAUUCUAUAAAUAUAUGAAAAUUGACCAGCCAGAGAGGGGAAAUCUGGAGUCUGAGGAGAAAACAGAGCAACCAGGCUAUGAGGAAGGGAACCCUGAUGAGUUUCAGUAUGUGGACCAGGACACAAACCUCAGCAAGCAGGGGGCAGAGCUGGCAGUGGGCAAGGCAUACCCCAGCAUAGUGAUGGGUUAUGAUGAUGUUUACAACGACUACUCCCUCCAGGGGCAUAGGAAGCCCCUCUCACUCACAAAUGGCAAUGUGAAGGAGGCAGUCCCAAACAGGAGGAGAAAGAGGCCCUAUAUGAAGGCAGUUACCCUCACCUCAGACAACCAACGCAUCAACAAAACCAGUAUGGAAAGAAACCCACCCAUGAGGAGGCGUCACUUAAAAACUGGGGUCAAGGACAAUUCCAAAUAUCCUUCUCAGCAUGCCAGGAGCACCCGUGCAAGGCCACUCAUCAGGAAAAGAAUAGGAGACCCAGGUCCUGCCUCUAGCACAAGCCCUCAGGAUGCCUCAAAGCAUUCUCCUGGUGGGUCUAGGGACUCAGAUAGUAGGAUACCAAGAGGGGCAAGGCCUCCUCAGAGAGCUCUCAAUUCAACUAACACCAAGAACCGACCAACGGGCACCAUACAAGCAAAGAGACAAAGCCCAGUCUCUGGUAAAGCCAGCAGAAGAGCUGUAAGUGCUGCCAGCCUCAGCAAACAGACUCUUUACCAAGCACAGUGGCUAAACCAAGUGGAGUCAUAUAUUGCUGAGCAGAAGGUGGCAGAUGGCAUUGAUGCGGAUGUAGAGAAGGGUCAAGUAGAGUCUCGGGCAAAGGACAGGCAUGAGCUUGUAGACCCAGCAGUAGCAGAGGAAGAAGAAGAGAUCGAAGAAGAAGUCGAGGGGGAGGAGGAAGGAUUUGACUACAUGCCAGUGUUUGACCAAGUAGUGAACUGGGAGCAGACCUUCAGCACAAGCAUCUUGGAUUUCCAUGUGCUGCGAACAGACUGGAUUGACCUGAAGUGCAACACAUCAGGGAACCUGCUGCUCAAAGAGAGGGAGGCCUUGGAGGUCACACACAUCUUCCUAAAGAAGCUCAACCAGAAGAACAAAGGGAGGUUCCAGCUGCAGCGCAUAGUGAAUGUGGAGAAGCGGCAGGACCGCCUACGAGGGAGCCGCUACCUGCUGGAGCUGGAGCUACUGGAGCAGGGGGGGCGGCUUGUCCGCUUCUCAGAGUACAUCUUUGCACGGGGUUGGCAAGGCAUUGGUAGUGAUGAGCAGGAGAGGAACAUGAGGAACCUGGUUUGGGGCCGCCGGCGCCACUUGAUGGGCGUGGUUAGUGAGCCGGAGCUGUGCUGGCCACUGGGCUUUUCCUGGAACCAUCAUGCUGUUGUCCACUUCAUCGUGCCAGUGAAAAACCAGGCACGCUGGGUACUGCAGUUUAUUUCUGACAUGGUGGAAUUGUCCCGAGUCACCAAGGACCCACACUUCAAUGUCAUCAUCACAGACUACAGUAGUGAUGACAUGGAUGUAGAGAAGGCUUUGAAGAGGUCCCGGUUACAGAGUUAUCAGUACUUGAAGCUGACAGGGAAUUUUGAACGCUCAGCAGGGCUCCAAGCUGGCAUAGACCUUGUGAAGGAUCCACACAGUAUCAUUUUCCUAUGCGAUCUCCACAUCCACUUCCCAAGAGGGAUCAUCGACUCGAUUCGGAAGCACUGCGUGGAGGGCAAGAUGGCCUUUGCACCCAUGGUCAUGCGGCUGCAUUGUGGUGCAUCCCCACAGUGGCCUGAAGGGUACUGGGAGGUGAAUGGAUUUGGUCUCUUGGGCAUAUACAAGUCUGACCUGGAUAAGAUUGGGGGCAUGAACACCAAAGAGUUUCGGGAUCGCUGGGGAGGAGAGGACUGGGAACUCCUGGACAGGAUUUUGCAGGCUGGCUUGGAAGUAGAACGACUCUCACUGAGACAUUUCUUCCACCGAUUUCACUCUAAACGGGGCAUGUGGAACCGACGCCAGUUGAAGACACCAUAAUGUUUGAUUGGCCAAGUCUUGCAUCCCAGCAUGCACUUUAUCUAGGCCCAGAGCACACAUUCUUCCCUUUCAAAGCCUCAUACAUGACUGGAUUUACACAGGUUUGUGGAAUAGGCCAGUCAGAGGAACGGGAACUUCUCUUGUGAGUCAUUGAGGCUCAAACACAGGAUCUGUGUUUGUGCUGGGGGAGCCUAA